AUGGGGCGAUUUGCCAACAUCGAUACCCGGGAUCCUGCCGUCAAUGUCACCAACUGGUUCCUGGUCGUUGUUGCGGGUUUAAGCGUCCUUAUUCGACUGGGGACGAAGUUCUGGAUCUUUCACCGGUUGACCAGCGAUGACUACCUGAUAAUCGCAUCUUUGGCACUCUCCAUUGCACAAUCUGCGGCCGUCUCGACAGCGGUAGCCCACGGAUAUGGCUAUCAUUUCGCGACUGUUUCGAGUCAAAAUUUUGUCCAGGUCAUGAAAUCCCAGUAUGCCGCCUACAUCUUAUAUGUCGCAAGCCUCUGCCUUUCCAAGUUAUCUCUCUCGACAUUUAUCCGCAGCUUGACCCCGGUGCAUAAGGAUCACUUUCAGGCGGCCGUCCUGCAGGGGCUUAUUACAAUCGUGGGAGUGGUUGGCGUCAUUGGGACGGCCUUUCAAUGCCAUGUGCCUCGUCCGUGGGAUUACUGGCAUGGGCAAUGCUUCAACUUGGCCGCCUGGAACUACUUUAUUUCUGUAUCGAAUAUUGUUACGGAUUUAAUGAUCAUUGCACAGGCUUUGCUCUUGAUUGCCGGUAUUCAGGCGACUUGGAAGAAAAAGGCCGUGUUCGCCAGUAUAUUUCUAUCAAGAAUCAUCGUGAUUAUUGCGACAGUUAUCGAGAUUGUCUACUCCCGCGACGUUCGCCAUUCCACUGAUCCAACAUACGACUACUGUCCGACUACAAUUGUGUCGCUGGUAGUACAAUGUGCGAGUAUAGUCACGGCGUGCUGGGGCCAACUGAAGCCGUUCCUCAAUCAGCUCAAGUCGAAUGGGCUGCGUAUUCGAGGGGUGGAAUACCAAUAUUCGACUGGGAAGGGGCAAUCGUCACGGUCAUACGGACAUAGCCGGGAGGAGCACCAUGAGCUGGUUCCAGUGGCAUCAGGGCAGAAUCUGACUACGGUGUCGGCGUCACCGGCGUGGGACGCGGAUAGCCAAUCCAGUCAAACUGGGAUCAUCCGCGAGACGCGGACUUGGGUUGUGACUGGCGAUGGAGGACAUCACGGACCAUAG